AUGAGUGUGCGGGGUGGGAUUCGUCAGACUCCGUUCGCGCUCCAACAGAUGAGUAAAGCAGGUUUUUCCUUGAACGCAUUCUCGUACAAUGGGUUGAUACAUUUACUUCCGCAAUCCGGGUUUUCCCGGGAAGCAAUGGUUGUUUACAAGAGAAUGGUGUCAGAAGGAAUUAAACCAAGCUUGAAGACUUACUCCGCACUCAUGGUUGCAUCAGGGAAGAGAAGGGAUGUCGACACGGUAAUGGGCCUUUUGGAAGAAAUGGAGCAUCUAGGGUUGAGACCGAAUGUUUAUUCAUUUACCAUAUGCAUUAGGAUACUCGGGCGGGCCGGGAGGAUCGAUGAUGCUUAUGGCAUUUUGAGGAGAAUGGACAAAUACGGUUGUAGCCCUGAUGUUGUCACUUAUAUGGUUCUUCUAGAUGUUCUUUGCAAUGCAGGUCGGCUUGACGCCGCCAAGGAUUUGUUUCGGAAGAUGAAGUGCGGUAAUCAAAAGCCAGAUAGAGUGACAUAUAUCACCUUGUUGAAUAAGUUUGGCAAUUUGGGCAAUCUGGAUGCAGUGAGGGAGUUUUGGAAGGAAAUGGAAGCUGAUGGUUAUGUUGUCGACGUGGUUGCUUUUACGAUACUUGUGGAUGCCUUGUGCAAAGUAGGGAAGAUCGACGAAGCAUUUGGUACAUUGGAUGUGAUGGGUCGUAGCGGUCUCCUGCCUAAUCUACAGACUUACAAUACUUUGAUUUCAGGCCUUUUGAGGGUAAAUAGUUUGGACAAAGCUCAAGAUCACUUCGAUUGUGUGGAGGUUCACGGUCCCAAACCGACUGCAUAUACAUACAUCCUUUUCAUCGACCACUAUGAGAAGUCUGGGGAGUCUGGUAGAGCACUUGAGAUGUUCGAGAAGAUGAAGAGUAAGGGGAUUGUUCCGGAUGUUGUUGAUUGCAAUGUAUGUUUAUAUAGUCUUGCAGAAUUGGGAAGGCUUGGGCAGGCAAAAGAUGUUUUCCACGAAUUGAAGAGUAGCGGCCUUUCUCCAGAUGCCAUUACAUAUAAUAUGAUGAUCAAGUGUCAUAGUAAGGCGGGGAAGGUGGAUGAAGCUAUCAAGUUGUUCGAUGAGAUGAUCGCAAGUGGGUGCGACCCAGAUGAGAUUACAAUGAAUUCCUUGAUCGACACGCUUUACAAGGCAGAUAAGGUCAAUGAGGCAUGGCAAGUGUUUCAUAGAAUGGAAGAGAUGAAGCUUAGGCCGACUGUCGUUACUUACAACACAUUAUUGGCCGGAUUGGGCAAAGAGGGAAGAAGCUUUCCUCUUCCAAGGAUCGAUCAGUUAGUGGAUAGCACGGCAGGACAUGAACUUCUUAGAGCAACCUACCAGCGGUUAGUGAACAAAAUGUUCGCUCGACAAAUCGGCCGAACCAUGGAAGUAUACAUCGACGAUAUGCUUGUCAAAAGUAUACGUGCGGCCGAUCAUAUUGCUGAUCUGGAAGAAAUGUUCCUUAUCCUUCGCAUCUCUAGGGAUGCCCAGAAGCCAAGUGAUCACUCAAAUAAGCAAGAAGGGGCUCACAUGUAA